AUGAAUGACAAUACGGAAACGGACUCCAAAGAGAGUGGCGAGUAUGAAGACGACUUUGAGAAAGAUCUGGAAUGGCUGAUUAACGAGAAAGAUCCCAGUGAAAACGGCGGGGCAGAGGCAGAGGAGGACUGUGUCACCCGUGGGGCUGAGCCCCCUGGGGCCCCCCAGGAUGCGGAGCCCCUGGCCGCCCCGCCCAGGGACGAUGGCCCCGCCCGGAGGAAUGACUUCAUCUCGGUGCCCAGCAUCCAGCCCCUGGAGGCCGCGUCCGACUCGGACAGCGAGACCUCGUCGCAGGAGUCGCGGCUGGACGAGGCCGAGGACGAGGAGGUCCGGCGCUACAUCAUGGAGAAGAUCGUCCAGGCCAACCAGCUGCUGCUGCGCCAGCAGCCCGUGCAUGAGAAGCGGGACCGGCGGCUCAAGUUCAAGGACAAGCUGGUGGACCUGGAGGUGCCCCCGCCCGAGGACGCGGAGGCCGCCCAGACGGCCAGCGAGGACUCGGUGUCCGGCCAGAUGUCGCGGCUGUGCCUCUCGGGCGAGCCGGACCAGGCCCAGGUGCCACUGGUCUUGCCCGAGGAGGCCGGGCCUGAGGAGGCCAAGGAGGGGAAGGUCCUGGUGGAACGUGACGGCAAGUUCGAGCUGCUCAACUUCCAGGACCUGGAGAGCCAAGGGCUGCCCGUCCCAGCCUGCCCGGCACCCGGCGCCGACGGCGACUUCCCCCAGGCCGGCUCCCGCCUAGCCAGCCCCGCCGGCAGCAGCGGUGGCGGUGGCGACCCGGGGAAGAAAGAGGCCUCAGGGGGGACUCCAGGCCCAGUGCUCUCUCCCCCCGAGAAACCACAGCCUGACACCCCACCGCCGCAGGCGGCCCCCGGCCUCCGGCUGAGGCCGGCCUCCACCGCGUCCUCCGACCCCUGGAAGGGUGCUGGGAGACUCCACCCGCGGGCCCAGUCGGCGCACUUGUCGCCGGCCUCCUCCACCUACUGCCUCUCCCCUCAGCAGAAGGAGCUGCAGAAGAGGCUGGAGCAGAAGCGGGCGAAGCUCAGGUUGGAGGAGGAACAGAAGAAACUAGAGGAAGAGAAAGAGAAGAAGAAGGAGAACGACCUGGUGUUUAAGGCCUGGCUGCAGAAGAAGAGGGAGCAGGUGCUAGAGAUGCGGCGGGUCCAACGGGCCAAGCAGAUCGAAGACCUGCACAGCAGGCAGGAAAACCGGGACCCGCAGCAGGCCUUCCGACUGUGGCUGAAGAAGAAGCACGAGGAGCAGCUGAGGGAGAGGAGGACGGAGGAGAUCCGAAAGCAGGAGGAGUGCCUGUACUUCCUGAAGGGGACCGAGGGCAGAGAGCGCGCCUUCCGGCAAUGGCUCAGAAGAAAACAGGUAGAAAAACUCGCGGAGCAACAGAUGGCCAAAGAGAGAACGAGGCAGCUCCGGCAAGAGGCGAAACGGCUGAAGCAACGCCAGAACGCCUACAUGGCGGAAGCCAAGGCGUUUCGCUUUACGGACCCUUACAAGUGAAGGUAACCAUUAAACACCUC